AUGGCCAAAAUCAACACUCAGCACUCCUAUCCUACCACACAUAGACUCUCAGUCAGGACCAUUGAUGAAGACCUAGAAAGAGUCGAAAAUGGCACCAGCAGGGCUCAUUCCACAUGUGAGGACUCAUCAUCGGAACUGCAGCGAGUGAUUACCACGGAGGCCAGAGCCCCCUCGGAAUCCUGCCGAAGUUCCUUCACGAGCCAGAGGCCAGCCAGGUUAUCACGGCUUAUUCUUUCCCUCAGAGCAUGGGCUACAAGACACAUACGUCGUGAAGACCAAAGACCAGAUUCCUUCCUGGAGCGUUUCCGAGGGGGAGAACUCAAAGAGCUGUCCUGCCGAGAAAGCUACACCCAGUCCAACUUAGGCAUCCAAGAGGCCUCAGACAGAGAGAGAAGAGUCUGGCCGCUGGCCAGGUACAAUAUCAACACCUGUAACAAUGCCAACAAAGACAAAAAGGAGGAAAAGGAGGAGAAAAAGGAGGAAAAGGAAGAAGAGAAAAAGGAUAAACCCUCAAAGGAAGUGGAGAAGAAAGAAAUCUUUGUGAUAGAUCCUUCUAGCAACCUAUAUUAUAGAUGGCUGACCAUCACUGCCAUCCCUGUCUUCUAUAACUGGUGCAUGCUUGUGUGCAGAGCCUGUUUUGAUGAACUUCAAAGUGACCACUUGAUGCUGUGGCUGGUCCUGGAUUAUAUUGCUGAUGUCAUCUAUGUUUUGGACUUGCUGGUUCGAAUGAGGACAGGCUUUCUUGAACAAGGUUUAAUGGUCAAAGAUACAGAGAAACUCAGAAAGCACUACAUGAAGAUGGUUCAGUUCAAGCUGGAUGUACUGUCUCUGGUCCCCACUGAUCUGGCUUAUUUUAAAGUGGGUCUGAACUACCCCGAAUUGAGGUUCAACCGCCUGCUGAAAUUCCCCAGGCUAUUUGAAUUCUUUGACCGCACAGAGACCAGGACCAACUAUCCUAAUAUGUUCAGAAUUGGAAAUCUUGUCCUGUACAUUCUGAUCAUCAUCCACUGGAAUGCAUGUAUCUACUUUGCUAUUUCCAAGGUAAUUGGAUUUGGGACUGAUUCCUGGGUUUACCCCAACAUUUCUAUCCCAGAAUAUGGGCGCCUGUCCAGGAAAUAUAUUUAUUGUCUCUACUGGUCCACCCUGACUCUGACUACCAUUGGGGAGACUCCACCCCCCGUCAAAGACGAGGAGUACCUUUUUGUGGUGAUCGACUUCCUGGUGGGAGUGCUGAUCUUUGCCACCAUUGUGGGGAACGUUGGCUCCAUGAUCUCUAACAUGAAUGCCUCCAGGGCCGAAUUCCAGGCCAAAAUCGACUCCAUAAAGCAGUACAUGCAGUUCCGAAAAGUGACCAAGGACUUGGAGACCCGGAUCAUCAGGUGGUUUGACUACCUGUGGACCAACAAGAAGACAGUGGAUGAAAAGGAAGUACUCAAAAGCCUCCCAGACAAACUGAAAGCCGAGAUUGCCAUCAAUGUGCACCUGGAUACCCUGAAGAAGGUACGUAUUUUCCAGGACUGUGAGGCAGGCCUCUUAGUGGAGCUGGUCCUAAAGCUGAGGCCUGCAGUGUUCAGCCCUGGUGAUUAUAUCUGCAAGAAGGGGGAUAUUGGGAGAGAAAUGUACAUCAUCAAAGAAGGGAAGCUGGCGGUAGUGGCCGAUGAUGGCAUCACUCAAUUUGUGGUCCUUAGUGAUGGAAGCUACUUUGGGGAAAUCAGCAUCUUAAACAUCAAAGGGAGCAAAUCUGGGAACAGAAGAACGGCCAAUAUCAGGAGCAUCGGUUACUCUGAUCUAUUCUGCUUGUCCAAAGAUGACUUAAUGGAGUCCCUCACUGAAUAUCCAGAAGCCAAAAAGGCCCUGGAAGAGAAAGGACGGCAGAUUCUAAUGAAGGACAACUUGAUCGACGAGGAUAUGGCUGGGAGUGGAACAGACCCAGCAGAUAUAGAGGAAAAGGUAGAGAGGCUUGAAUCUUCCCUGGAUAAUUUACAGACCAGAUUUGCUAGGCUCUUGGCAGAAUAUAACGCCACACAAAUGAAAGUCAAACAGAGACUCAGCAAACUCGAGAGUAAAGUAAAGAAAUGUGGGAGUGACUUGUCGGAUGCAGACAGCAUCAUUGAUGGAGAUGCUGAGAAAGCCAAGGACAAAAACCCAUAA